AGCAUUUUCCCAUGAAGCCUCGAGCUUCUGCUUACUCUUCCUCUUCCUUUUCGGCUCCCGCUCCCGCUGCUCCCCUCUGUGCACCCGUUCUGGUCCAGGCAGGGCGCGCAUUUUGCGACGCCAGCGCCGCCCUCGCGCCGCGGUGCCGCGCAGAAAGCAGGACCAGCGCGGCCGCAGAUGGGCACCGCGUGACCGCAUGGUGGCCCCCCCGGCGCAGCCGGCGGGCUCGCUCUACGACGUGGUUCGCAGGAGGGCCGCAGAGGCGGGGCAGGUCGUCGCAGCGAUAGAUGGCAUCGCGGGCCCGUGCGGCGAGGGUGGCGGCACCGAGCCCGAAGGCCCGCCCAGGCACAUCACCUACGCGGAGCUGCACCGGGCCGCGGAGCGGCUCGCCGCCGCCCUGGCCGCCGCCCUGCAGGGCGCCGCCGGCCGCGACCCCAACGGCCCCGUCCUGGCGACCAGCAUGCAGCGCGGCAACGCCUGGUACUGCACGUUCCUGGCUGCGGCCAGGCUGCAGGUCCCCGUGGUCGCCCUGAGCCGGGACCUGCCAGACCGGGGCGCAGAGCUCAAGCGGAACGCGGAGAUCCUCGAGAGUCACAGGCCUGCUCUGGUCGUCGUCGACGAGGUCGCCGGUGUCCCGACGCACGCUGGAGCCACCGUACACUUCCGCGAGCUGUGGGCCGCGGCGCAUGCGGAGAGCCACCCGGCGCCGCAGGUGACGGCGACGGCGGACGCGAUAUUGUGCUACAACUACACCGGCGGGACUACCAGGGCUUCGAGGUGUUCGCGCAUCACCCACAGAAUGGCCCUGCACGAGGUUACGCACUACCCGCGAGUUGGCGAGCUCACCCCCAGGGACAGGGUCUUGCAGCAGCACUCUCUGUACUGGGGAGCCUCUGCCUUCGGUGAAAUCGACAUUGCCCUGGCCUUCGGCUGCGCGCUGGUCUUCUGCGAGGCCUGGGGCACGGACGACGUGGUCUCCGUCAUCAAGAAGCACUCGGCCACGUGCGCCGGCCUCGUCCCGAGCAUGCUGGCCGCCAUCGAGCACGCCGACGUUCCCACCUUGAAGCUCGUCUUCACGUGGGGGGAGGCGCUGCAGCCCGUGGUCGCCAGGGAGUGGGGCAGGCGGGUGCACCUCAUCGACCUGCUGAUCUCCACGGAGUGCUGGCUGUCCCUGUACGCAGACUGGAGCCGUGGCUGCGCUGGCGGCUCGGCGCCCUACGCGGGGCCCAGCGGCUCCGUGGGCCGGGCGGCGUUGGAGCCGCCUCGGCCGGCGUUCCGCACCGUGCCAGGCACGCGGGUGAGGCUGAGGCGCGUCGACGAGGACGGCUGCGGCCGCAGCCAGAGCAGCUCCAGCAGCGCCCAGGCCAGCGUGCGCACCGAGCCGCGCGAGGCCGAGAGGGGAGAGCUGCUCGUGGCGGGGCCCAUGGUCAGCCCCGGGUACACAGACGAGGUCCUCAACGCCGACGCUUUCGAGGAAGACAGCUCGGGCGUCCGGUGGUACUGCACCAAGGACUGCGUCGAGCGGCGGGACGGCGGGCUGGCCUUUGUCGGCAGGGCCGACGACCUCGUGAAGGUGGGGGGCAAGUGGACGGAUAUCCGCGAGCUGGAGGCGCGGCUGCUGGCGAUGGAGGAGGUGUCCGAGGCCUCCAUUUGCGGACGCAGCGCUUUCGUCGCGCUGAGGGGCAUGCCGUCGGGCCUGAUGCCGCGCCUGCAGGCGGUGCUGCCGCAAGACUUUGCCCUCUUCCUGGUGCCCAAGCUCCCGCGCAGCGCGGCCACAAGCAAGGUGGACCGGCAGCGCCUCGGCCUGCUCCUCCCCUCUGGCCCGACGGAGGGCCGGGCCCAGGCGGAGGGGCGCCGGUGCGAGGAGGAGCUGGCGUCCAUGCUGCACUGGUACUGGCCGCUCUCGCUGGUGGCCGGCGGCUCCCUGCUGCGCGCGGGGCUCGGCCUGCCCCCGGCCUGCCUGCUGGCCGGCCCGGACGGCGGCGUGCUGGCAGGGGUGCUCCGGACGCUGGCGGUGCGGGCGCUGGGCGAGCUCUCCUGGCGGCUGCCGUGUCUGACGCGGUGGCGGACUGUUGCCGUCGUGGUACCUGGACGGCUUGACAGAGGCCCUCAGAGACUUCCCGCUCGGGGUGCACGGCGUGGCCAUCCUGGCCUCCACCGUCGUGCCGACCCCGACGUGGGGCAUCGUGCUGGCAGCGCCGGGCAUGGCGCUGGCGGCACGCCGAGGCCGCCUGCUGUCCUGGCCGCUGGUGAGCGCUGUCGGUUUCCCCUGCUGGGUGCGCGAUUACGGCUACUGGUGGAAGGGGCAGAGCUGGUUCGCACUUGGGAGGCACUUUGCCUUGACGGGCUGGAGGAAGGCGGGCGCGCCCAAGUGCGUAAAGGACAGGCUCGCGAGCGGUGCGUCCGCUUGCAGAAAGGCCAGGGCAUGGGGUGCGGGCCGCCUGGGGCUGACACGCGAGUGCAUGUGGUGCAGGAAGACGAUCUUCAGAAGGGAUGGCCACGUCAAUCCGAAAGUGGACAAGAACUGGUACUGCAGCGCUUGCUGGGGGAAGUGGCACAGGUUCUCGAAGCAGUGCGACCAGUGCCAGGCCUGGGUGUCCAGCGGACGGCGCCGAGAGGCCACGAACGGCUCGGCGGCGGCCUCCUCCUUCCUCUGCGCGCGCUGCGACGGGCGGCGCCCCGAGGCGGGCGGCGCGGGUAGCAGCUCCUCGGACGCGCGGGGCACGAAGCGCGAGUGGACGUGGAACAGGCGCGCCAUCCGGCUGCCCCCGCGGGCGGGCCCGGC